AUGUUGGGCAGGUGUUCCAUAGUUGACCUGCGUCAACAGAGAUGAAGUUUGCGGCAUGUCAAACGUCACUGUCAAAUAGAUGUCAAAUACAAAAUUGGAGUAUCAUCAUCUUGCAAAUCCAAAAUAGCUGAAUAUUUUGGAAAUAUCCUUUGUUUAAAAACUGCUAGUUGUGAUCCAUUAAAGAGACUGAAAAUGCCAAGCCAAGAAGUAACUACCACCAAGGUUGUUGUCCAUCCCUUGGUGCUUUUAAGUGUGGUGGACCAUUUUAACAGAAUGGGUAAAAUUGGUAACCAAAAACGAGUUGUAGGCGUUCUACUUGGCUGCUGGAGAGCCAAAGGAGUUCUGGACGUCUCUAAUAGUUUUGCAGUGCCUUUUGAUGAAGAUGACAAAGACAAGUCAGUGUGGUUUCUGGACCAUGAUUAUUUGGAAAACAUGUAUGGUAUGUUCAAAAAGGUGAAUGCCAGAGAACGAGUAGUGGGAUGGUAUCAUACAGGACCAAAACUACACCAAAAUGAUAUAGCGAUAAAUGAAUUGGUCAGAAGGUACUGCCCAAACUCUGUCUUGGUGAUCAUUGAUGCAAAACCCAAAGACUUGGGCCUACCUACUGAAGCAUAUCAAGCGGUAGAAGAAGUACAUGAUGAUGGCUCGCCUACAUCUAAGACAUUUGAGCAUGUGCCCAGUGAAAUUGGAGCUGAAGAGGCAGAGGAAGUAGGAGUUGAGCAUCUUCUUAGGGACAUCAAGGACACCACAGUUGGCACACUGUCACAAAGAAUCACCAAUCAGCUACUUGGACUGAAAGGGUUACACUCACAGCUAAGGGAGAUCAGAGAUUAUUUAAUACAGGUCAGUGAAGAAAAACUUCCAAUCAACCACCAAAUUAUCUACCAACUCCAAGAUAUCUUCAAUCUACUACCAGACAUCAACCAAGAUAAUUUCAACAAAGCUUUCUAUGUGAAAAACAAUGAUCAAAUGUUGGUAGUGUAUUUGGCUGCAAUGGUUAGAUCCAUAGUAGCAUUGCACAACCUGAUCAACAACAAGCUGACCAAUAGGGAUGCUGAGGAGGGCAAGAAGGAAGAGAAGAAAGAGAAAGAUGCCAGAGAUAAGGAGAAGGAUUCGAAGAAGGAUGGUGAUAAGAAGGACGAGAAAAAAGAUGAAAAAAAGAAAUAAAUUUUGUUUGAGAUAGUGUGAGAGGUUGCAUUGACUGAUGUGAAGUUACAAACAUAGUUCAUCCAUUUUUCAUUACAAUCUAAAAUUGAUAAUGAUAAUUUAUGUUUCAAGUACGAGAUGGAUGAAUUUGAGACUCAUUGUGUUUGAGCCUACAUAAACUUUUUCAAAUUAUAUUUUUAUUUCCUCGAAAUGCGGUUUCACUUGUCCCUUUGUCUUGGUUCCGAAAACAG